AUCCACAGCCGACUAAUAUUAGACCCUAACCUAAGCUGACCCAGCCACUUGACAUCAUCUUUCUCCUUCCUUCUUCCACGUCGGUCCAAGCUACCGCAAAGCUCGGUAUGGAGAGCAACAAGGACGAGGCCAUUCGAUGUCUCGCCAUCGCACAGAAGCAUCGCGAUGCAGGCAAUUACUCGUCUGCUCGGAAAUUCUGCCAGAAGUCGAUAGCACUGUUUGAGACGCCUGAGGCACUCAAGAUGCUGGCGUCCAUUAAUACGGCAGAGAAUGGCUCUGGUCCGGCAUCUUCAACGUCGUCUUCAUCCACUGAGACACAUUCUUCCUCAUCUGGGACUAAGCACCGGCAUACUGGUAAUACGUCGACAUCGUCGAGUUCUAUGGGGAAUGGGACCGCUGGAGGUAUUGGAGGUGAGAAGAGAGAGUAUACUGCGGAACAAAUAUCAAUCGUGAAGAGGGUACGGGCGUGCAAGGUAACAGAAUAUUAUGAGAUAUUGUCUGUGCACAAGACUUGCGAAGAAGGAGAUGUGAAGAAAGCAUAUCGAAAGCUAGCCCUGGCUUUACAUCCAGAUAAGAAUGGUGCUCCUGGUGCUGACGAAGCUUUCAAAAUGGUUUCUAAAGCUUUCCAAGUCAUAUCGGACCCCCAAAAGCGUGCUAUCUAUGAUCAGAGUGGCGCUGACCCAGAGGACCGAACUGGAGGCAUGUCAUCACGACCGUCAGGAUUUGCAUCUCGGCCGUUUGCAAGCUCUGGUCAAGGAUUUGAUGGAGAGCUUAGUCCCGAGGACCUCUUCAAUAUGUUCUUUGGCGGCGGAAGUGGCUUUGGUAGCGGUUUCGGUGGUGGACCAGUAUUUUCGGCAUCAUUUGGACCAGGCGGUUUUCGCACGACGCGCAUGGGAGGGCCAACACUUCGCCGACAGCAACAGGAAGCAGCGCAACCGCGAUCAUUAUUUGUUCAACUUCUGCCUCUGUUCAUAAUAUUCGGAUUUUCGAUACUAUCGGCACUACCUAGUUUAUUCAGCUCGCCACCUGUCCCAGAUCCUCGUUACUCAUUUGUAGGGGGCUCUCGCUAUUCGGUGGAGAGGGAAACAAGAGAUCUUGGCAUCAAGUACUAUGUCAAUCCCGGAGAGUGGACAAGCCACCCUGUAGUUGGUCCGGAAGUAGCGAGACAAAAAUCCUCAGCUUCCGAUUCGAGCGUAGAACGGGGACCGGCGGUAGCGAAAUUUGAGAGGAGUGUGGAGACAGCUUACACCGAGCGUGUCUAUUCGGAGUGCAGACGAGGUUUGGACCAAAAGGAGCGGGCAAAGGAGGCAGAGAUUGGACUCUUUGGAUUUGGGACUGACUGGGAAAAGGUGAAGAAGAUUGAAAGCGAGGUGAUAGAAAGCUGCGUAGAAUUCGAGCGGCUGAACGUGCAACGGCGUUGAUAACUUAUUAUCUGUUUGUUGGAUUGUUUGUUGGAUAUGUAGGAAUAUGGUUGCAAUUAGCUUAUCGGACCACUCGCUAAUUGAACAUAGAGACGGAAACCGCAUAAUUUCGAUUAAUUCUUAGAU